AUGUCCAACCACAGCAGUCUCCUUGGUGCGUGGGAGGCCUCUGAUUGGGCAGACACCCCUCAGUGCCCGCCCUCAGUAGGCGGAGCAACUUUCUUGAUUGUGGCGUACAGCGCUGUCAUAGCAAUCGGGUUGCUAGGUAACGCAGGCCUGGUGUUCAUCAUCGCCCGGCAACAGGAGUUACGCAACGUCACCAACAUCCUGAUCGCCAACCUGUCCUGCUCUGACAUCCUGAUGUGUGUGGUGUGUCUGCCUGUGACUGUCAUAUACACACUGAUGGACCGCUGGGUGCUGGGAGAGGCCCUGUGUAAGGUGACCCCCUUUGUUCAGUGCAUGUCAGUGACAGUUUCUAUCUUCUCCCUGGUGCUGAUUGCUCUGGAGCGUCACCAGCUGAUCCUCCAUCCCACCGGAUGGUCCCCCGCUGCCGGCCACUCGUACCUGGCCGUGGGGCUGACAUGGCUGGUCGCCUGCUUCAUCUCUCUGCCCUUCCUCUCCUUCAACAUCCUCACUAACGACCCCUUUCAGAACAUCAGCCUGCCUGCCAACCCCUUCAGGGACCAUUUGAUCUGUAUGGAGCUGUGGCCGUCCGAUAAGCAUCGUCUUGCCUACACGACCUCGCUGCUGCUCUUCCAGUACUGCCUGCCUCUUCUGCUGGUUCUCCUCUGCUACCUCAGGAUCUUCCUGCGCCUGAGACGUCGCAGGGACAUGUUGGAGCGCAGCAGGAGGACUCAGGGAGCCCAGAGGAUUAACAUCAUGCUGUUAGCCAUCGUCAUAGCCUUCGCUCUGUGCUGGCUGCCGCUGAAUGUCUUCAACACGCUGUUUGACUGGCACCACCAGGCUCUACCCGACUGCCAGCACGACGCCGUCUUCUCCGCCUGCCACCUGACAGCGAUGGCCUCCACCUGCAUUAACCCCGUGGUGUACGGCUUCCUCAACAGCAACUUCCAGAGGGAGCUGAAGUCGACGCUGCAGCGCUGCCAGUGCGGCAGCCGGGCAGCAGAAAGCUACGAGAGCUUCCCUCUCUCCACCGUGGGCAGCGAGGGCAUGACGAAGGCCACCUCCCUCAACAGGAUGGGAUCAGUGUGCGUUCCCUCGCCCAGACCUGAGAUCAGCUCAGCAAUUCCAGCAAAACCAAUCCCAGCUAACACCUAA